GUUCCUCUCGCACAUUAGUGUGAAUGAACAGCUCUGGGUGCUCUGACGCUCAGAUUGGAAGAAAACGCUGUUUUAACCGUCAAACAGAUGACUGACAGGACAUGGCUUUCCUCUAUCGUCAUGGCGAUGGUCUUUUUGGCCUAUCUCCUCCCAGUUGUCGCUACAGCCACGCCCUUUCCCAGGGAUCUGCAGCCAAUCAGUGUGGUGGGACUGGAGGACUCUCAUCUGUAUCCCAGUUUUCAGGGUGUGAUGUCAGAAAACAACACAGAGCGUCUCGGUCUGGACUAUCAGCGCAUGAUCAGAAUCCAUCAGAUGCUUUACAUCGCUGCCAGGGAUCACGUGUUUGUUGUGAAUCUCACCACUGCAGUAGAUCAGUUCAUUCCACAGCAGAUACUGACGUGGAGAUCUACAGACGUGUCCAAGUGCACAGUGAGGGGCAGAAACAGUGAUGAAUGUUACAACUACAUCAAAGUCUUGGUGCCCCGUAACGAUGAGACUCUGUUUAUGUGCGGAACCAACGCGCUCAAUCCGGCCUGCCGUAACUACAGGUUGAGUACACUGGAGCAGGUGGGACAGCAACUUUUGGGUCAGGCCAGAUGUCCAUUUGAGUCUCGCCAGUCCAACGUCGGACUGUUUGCAGCUGGUAAUUUCUAUUCAGCCACGGUGACUGACUUCCAGGCAAGUGAUGCGGUCAUCUACAGGAGUUUAGGAGGAGAGGGGCGACCCGUCCUGCGUACGGUCAAAUACGACUCCAAAUGGCUCAGAGAACCUCAUUUCCUGCAUGCGGUAGAGUACGGAAACUAUGUGUAUUUCUUCUUCAUUGAGAUUGCUGUGGAGCACACUGCAGCGGGGAAGGUGGUGUAUUCGCGUGUGGCGCGUGUGUGUAAGAACGACAGCGGUGGCUCCACACGUGUACUCGAUCGGUACUGGACGUCAUUUCUGAAGGCACGACUGAACUGCUCAGUUCCUGGAGAAACUUUCUUCUACUUUGACGUUCUGCAGUCGCUCACUAAUGUGCUGCAGAUCAACCAGAGACCUGCUGUGAUCGGAGUGUUUACUACACAGAUCAACAGCAUUCCUGGUUCAGCCGUCUGUGGUUUUUAUCUGGACGACAUCGAGCGAGUGUUUAACGGGAAGUUCAAGGAGCAGAAGAACAGUGAUUCAGUGUGGACAUCAGUGCCGGAGGAACACGUGCCCAAACCACGUCCGGGUUUGUGUGCAGGUGAAGGCUCUGCAUCCUCGUUCUCUUCCUCUGUUCAGUUUCCUGAUUCAGUGCUGUCAUUUAUUAAAACACACCCACUGAUGGACGAGUGUGUGCCACCAGUCAACAACCAACCGCUGAUCACCAACACUGCCAGCAGGUAUAAACUGACUCAGAUUGUUGUGGAUACGGCCGCUGGGCCUCAUAAGAACCGCACCGUUGUGUUUCUGGGUUCUGAAGAUGGACGAGUUCUGAAGAUUCUGACCGGCACUCAACCAAACAGCUCUCACAGCUCCAAACUACUGGAGGAGAUGGAUGUGUACAACCCCACACAGUGUAACAGUGAUCGUAGGAUCUUGGGUCUGGAGUUGGAUAAGGAGCAUCACGCUCUGUUUGUGGCCUUUUCCAGCUGCAUCAUCAGAGUUCCUCUGAGCCGCUGCGCCCGACACACCACCUGCAAGAGACGCUGCCUGUCCACUCAUGACCCAUACUGCAUCUGGCUGCGCACAGGACGCUGCGCUGACGUGGCCCCGGGAUUCAAGGCGGGAUUUGAGCAGGACAUUGAUGGAAAACAAAUACAGUUACCGGACGCAUGCAACGAUGUGAUCUCAACAGCAGUAAAUAUUCAAAACUCACCUGUGGAUUCAGUCUCUGGAGUGAAGCAGUCUCCUGCGGCUGAGAGUUUGAGUAAUGGUUAUCAUUUCACUCUGCUGGGCGCAUGUGUGCUGGUGGCGUUUGUGUUGGGAUCGUUUGUGUCGGGUUUGCUGGUGUCGUGUUACUGCGGUCAGAGAUCUCGACAAACGCAAGAGCCCGAAGCAUCACCCCCACACGCACUCUCGCUCAACAGCCUCGCCAAACUCAACCACCUCAUGGACACCAAACCAGACAAGAGUGAUGUCACAUCCUCCCAGAUCUACAGCCUCUGCCCUCCAUGCAGACAGUCUCCAAUCAAACCACAUGAUAUGGGUGAAACGUCAGGCGCAUCUGGCAGAGAAGAGUUGAUCUUGACUUUGCCCACUCCGGAUUUGACUCCAGAACUGCCAAUUAAGAAUAUCAAGGCUUCAAACAACCAAUGGGAGAGUAGCCACGCCCACAACACUAUGGAAGGAAGCAUACUACGGCCCACGUUGGCGCUCACGCAGCAGGUAUUUCCUGUAACUCAGAGCAUCUCUAUAAAUCAGACUCUUCCAUGCAAACACGCGCCCUCAGAAGGGUACAAAAUGCAGAAUGAGGUGGGCGGGGCAACCGUGAUGACCUCAUCACUGUUGCCAGGGGACAUUAUAUUGGACCCAGGGUCGUACAGCCGGGCAAUGCAACCGAUGUCAUAUUACAGCUGCUUAACACUUCCGCGAGAAACGCCAAACACAACGCCCGAAACCACAGCGUUUCAGCGGAUUUCACUUCAAACGCUUCCCGAACAGCAGGGCGGCAGCAGAGAGCCGAUGUCGUAUGCCCAUACGAAGCGGCACGUGCUUAUAAAGAUGGGCAAUGGGAUCACAACAGCCCGGCAACACAGUUUUAACCACAAAGCUGCGCUCCCGCCACCAAGCCUGUCAGCGCACAGUGGCGGAAACAUCUAUGAGAUUCACAGGCCGCUAAUCGUGGGCGGCUCGUGUCUGACGCGACAGCACAGCUACAGUGAACCGCCUCACCUGCAGAAGGCGGCGAUCAUCAGACGCACAGCGUCCCUGAAACCACAGAUACCCCCGAAACCCAUAAACAUCCCCCCCAAAACACUGCCCCUGCCAUCUGCUGCCCCCAUCAACACACAUGACAACCAUAACUAUUGACCUCUGGCCCGUAUGCACUGUAUCCUGCAUACUAUUCUUUUUAAAAUGGUAUGUGAAACAGUUUCCAGUAUGCAACAAUGAAUGUUUCAAACAGUAGUAUGCUACAUUGUUGUCAAGUGAGCUCACUGCAUGUGGUGUCCAGUUAUUUUGCAUUUUUAAUCAAAUGUUGUGUAAAGAUGGCAGUCUGAUCAAAUAAUGAGUCAAGAAAUGGAAAUGGAAGAUUAAGUUGAGCACAAUGGAUUGUGGGAUACAUUAUCUAGUGAUGCACUGAAAUGAACUUUCAUCCAAAAACAACAUUUUAUGGCAUUAUGAGACAAAUCUUCCGAAUGAUUCCACUUCAGAAAAAUGCAGCUGCUUUUGUGCUUCUUUUCCUGGAUGAAAAUACCGCAGUUGUAGCACCACUGAACUCACAACCAGGGCUGUAGCAAAGUAUUCUGGGCCCCCUGACUGUAUAUUGCUCUGGUCCCGUUUCCUAUUAAAAAAUACAGUUUAGAAUUUGUUGUGGGGCCUUUCUGGACCUGUGGGCCCCUAGAAUCAUUUCCACCUUUCACCCCACUAGCUACGGCCCUGCUCGCCACCACCAUCCAGCACUCGUGUGCCACUGAAUACUAUGCAACAGCAAUAAUUCUUUAGAAUUUUGUGGCUUUUGUCACUUUAAAUAAUGAGAGGACGAUGAAUUGGUUACAGGACACAAAAAGAGAGGGGAAUGGGAACAGGAAACGACACAAGCUGCCUCUGUGCAUCUGAGCACAUUCACUUCCUGCCCAGGUGGCGUCUAAUAGAGCGCAACAGUCUGGUUCCAGAAAUAAAAAUGCAUUCAUUUUCUCCAUAGGGUAAAUGUUGCGCUCUGCUGCAGUAUCUCACCAGCAUCACAUCAGACUGCUUGACAUUUUUAAUGCAAACACUGAACAGACACUCGUGUGUUAUCAGAGAGAGAGAGAGAGAGAGAGAGAGAGAGAGAGUUUUAAGUUUCACACAUGAUUUUGCAUAACUAUCUGAAAUCAGGGAUACUGAUAUUUGUAAUAUCAAUGUUUAUAUGAACAGCUGUGUGGACUCAUUUUAAUGUGUUUGUAUUCAUUUGUGCCUUGCAAGGUAUUUUAGCAAAGGGACCAGAGUUAAAAGACCACAGGUGAAGAUGCUGACACUAACCCCUCCCUCUGACACAAACUCCUCCCCCCUCCCCCCCAGACUAACCCCACCCAUCUGUGCAGUGUCUGUUCAUCUGAGGUUUGUAUUACAGAAUAUUAUGCUGUUAAUGUUCAUAUUUGUUUAAUAAGAGCACUAUGUUCUGAGAUAUCUAUUGUUAUUAUUUCAGGUGAUCAUCUGUAAUCUGAAUUCACUCAUCAUUAUUAAUAUCAUGUGUUCUGUAAACACUCAAUUAAUUUGCUCAAUUCUGCUUUCCUGCUUAACACUACAAUUACAAAAUGAUGCAGAAAUACAGAAUGCCACCUGUCAAUUCUUCAUAACAUGGGUUUCAUAACAACACAUGGUUU